CAAUAAUUAGUGAGGUGUCAGUUGUCAUGUCACCCAGAUGCGAAGUCAGUGCGAGGCAGCAUUUUUCGACACUUCCACUCAAAUUAUUAUAUACUAAAAUAAUAUACUUUCUUUCUUUCCCAAUUAUUAAGCAAAAAAAAAAACAGAGAAAAAACAAAGGGAACUCUUCCAUUUCUUUGCCGCUUCGCUCAUUCAACCCCCAGACCUCAGGGCCUCUGCUUUCUUCGACCCCAAUCUCCUGAAUUCUAUUAUCUAAUUUCAUCAUGAGUCUCUUUGGUCUUGGAAGGAAUCAGAGAACGUUCCGGCCCAAAAAAAGUGCACCCUCAGGGAGUAAGGGGGCACAAUUAAGGAAGCAUAUUGAUGCCACAUUGGGCAGUGGAAACUUGAGAGAGGCUGUAAGGCUCCCUCCAGGAGAAGAUAUUAACGAGUGGCUUGCUGUCAACACUGUCGAUUUCUUCAACCAGGUGAAUCUGCUUUAUGGCACCUUGACUGAGUUCUGCACGCCAGAGAACUGCCCUACAAUGACCGCAGGCCCUAAGUACGAGUACAGGUGGGCUGAUGGAGUACAAAUUAAGAAGCCUAUUGAAGUUUCGGCUCCAAAAUACGUUGAAUAUUUGAUGGACUGGAUUGAAACUCAAUUGGAUGAUGAAUCUCUAUUUCCUCAAAGACUUGGUGCGCCGUUUCCAGCUAACUUCAAGGAUGUUGUGAAGACAAUUUUUAAGCGUCUCUUUCGUGUGUAUGCACACAUUUAUCACUCCCAUUUUCAGAAAAUUGUGAGUCUGAAGGAGGAGGCCCAUUUGAAUACAUGCUUUAAGCAUUUCAUACUCUUCACCCAUGAGUUUGGACUAAUUGACAAGAAGGAGCUGGCUCCACUCCAAGAGAUUAUCGAAUCCAUCAUCGUCCCAUACUGAAGAACAUGAUAUUUCGUUGUGCUGCUAAAGCUGGAACUAAAUAGCCAUAAUGUAAUAAAGUGUUUCGUGGUCGUGAUCGUGGUCAUCCAAAGUGUAUAGCCUCAGCUGACAAUUUGAAGUGUUUGUUAAUGUAUAAUGAUUGUAGCUUUUCUGUAUUGCUUUUAGCAAAGUCCUUUUGUAUGAUUAAAUGAAGAUCAAACGGAUAGAAGCUGGACAAAACUAAAGUAAUGUUUUUUUUUGUUUGGUUGCUCUAAUGAGUAAUGAUCAUUGGCGGGUUGAGUGUUA